UGGGGGAGGGAAGAGGGCCGAGGCUCACUGAGGCUGCCUGAGGAGCCACUGCCGAGCCCCCGCCAUGGACAGCAGGGCGUGGGGUGCCUGCAUCCUCUGCUUGCUGAGCCUGUUACCCAUUGUUCUGGGCCACGUGCACCCAGAGUGUGACUUCCUCACCCAGCUGAGAGAGGAGGAGAGUGCGUGUCUCCAGGUGGCAGAGGAGAUGCCCAACGCCACUCUGGGAUGUCCUAGGACCUGGGAUGGGCUGCUGUGCUGGCCGAUGGCAGGCUCUGGCGAGUGGGUGACUCUCCCCUGCCCAGAUUUCUUCUCUCACUUCAGCUCCGAGCCAGGGGCUGUGAAGCGGGAUUGUACCAUCACUGGCUGGUCUGAGCCCUUCCCGCCUUACCCUGUGGCCUGCCCUGUGCCCCUGGAGCUGCUGACUGAGGAGAAAUCUUACUUUUCCACCAUGAAGAUCAUCUACACCCUGGGCCACAGCAUCUCCAGCGUGGCCCUCUUCGUGGCCAUUGCCAUCCUGGUUGCUCUCAGGAGGCUCCGCUGUCCCCGGAACUACAUCCACACCCAGCUGUUCACCACCUUUAUCCUCAAGGCGGGAGCUGUGUUCCUGAAGGAUGCUGCCCUCUUUCAUGGCGAGAACACCGACCACUGCAGCUUCUCCACUGUUCUGUGCAAGGUCUCUGUGGCCACCUCGCAUUUUGCCACCAUGACCAACUUCAGCUGGCUGUGGGCAGAAGCUGUCUACCUGACCUGCCUCUUGGCUUCCACAUCGCCCAGCACAAGGAGAGCCUUCUGGUGGCUGGUUCUCGCUGGCUGGGGGCUUCCCCUGCUCUUCACCGGCAUGUGGGUGGCUUGCAAGUUGGCCUUUGAGGAUGUUGCGUGCUGGGACCUGGAUGACAGCUCCCCCUACUGGUGGAUCAUCAAAGGGCCCAUCAUCCUCUCUGUCGGGGUGAACUUUGGGCUUUUUCUCAAUAUUAUCCGUAUCCUGCUGAGGAAACUGGAGCCAGCCCAGUGCAGCCCCCACACCCAGCCUCAGUACUGGCGGCUCUCCAAGUCAACCCUUCUCCUCAUCCCACUGUUUGGAAUUCACUACAUCAUCUUCAACUUCCUGCCUGACAGCGCUGGCCUGGGCAUUCGCCUCCCCCUGGAGCUGGGACUGGGCUCCUUCCAGGGCUUCCUUGUUGCCAUCCUGUACUGCUUCCUCAACCAAGAGGUGAGGGCUGAGAUCGCACGGAGAUGGCAUGGCCAUGACCCUGAGCUUCUGCCAGCCCGGAGGACCCAGGCCAAGUGGACGAUGCCUCCCCGCUCGCGGGUGAAGGUGCUGACAUCUGUGUGCUAGGCGGGCCACACCAUGCGACUGGAGUCCACAUCUGAACUUGGGAAGCUACGA